GCCAGGCUGUAACUCUCCUUUCCCGCCUGUAGCCUGUGACUGUUGUGCCCCGAGAGCAGUGGGGCUGAUUCGGUCUCCGGGUUUGGGUUUUCAGGGUUCCAGGGCCUGUCCCGGGCGGUGUGUGUGUGUGUGUGUGUGUGUGUGUGAGAGAGAGAGAGAGGUGGGGUUGGGGGUGCCCCAGAUCCCUUGGUCUCCGGUCCUGAACCAGAGACCCAAGAUCGCAUCUUGUUCUUUUAGUAAUAACUACUAUUGACAGUAAUAACCGCUGUUCACACGAUUCUUGUCAUUUGUAGUUCUUAACAAGUGCCGUUGUAAGAACUUAAAACACGAGUGUCUUUAAGCAUCACAACACUCCCAUUAAAAUGCGGAUUGUGGAUGAUGAUGUGAGCUGGACAGCUAUCUCUACCACUAAACCAGAAAAGGAGGAAGAAGAUGAUGGAGAUUUGCCUGUGGUGGCUGAGUUUGUGGAUGAACGGCCGGAAGAGGUCAAACAGAUGGAGGCCUUUCGCUCCAGUGCCAAAUGGAAGCUCCUAGGAGGUCACGAUGAAGACCUACCUUCACAAGGGCGUUUCCGUCACAACAGCCCGGAUCCUUCUCCUCCCAGGAGAAUCCAUGAUGACACCUCGGAUCCAUCUUCUCCCAGGAGGGUCCGUCACGACACCCCCGAUCAUUCCCCUCCCAGAAGAAUCCGUCACGACACCCCCGAUCCUUCCCCACCCAGGAGAAUCCGUCACGACACUCCAGAUCCUUCUCCCAGGAGGGCCCGUCACGACACCCCGGAUCCUUCUCCUCCCAGGAGGGCCCGUCACGACACCCCGGAUCCUUCCCCUCCCAGGAGGGCCCGUCACGACACCCCGGAUCCUUCCCCUCCCAGGAGAGCCCGUCACGACACCCUGGAUCCUUCCCCUCCCAGGAGGGCCCGUCACGACACCCCGGAUCCUUCCCCUCCCAGGAGGGCCCGUCACGACACCCCGGAUCCUUCCCCUCCCAGGAGGGCCCGUCACGACACCCCGGAUCCUUCUCCUCCCAGGAAGCCUUCAGCUGUGUUUCCUAGGAGAACCCGUCGUGAUUCACCAGAUCCAUCUCCUUCUAGGAGGACGUCUCAUAAUUCCUCAGAUAUUUCUUCCUCCAGAAGGGCCCCUGACAGCUCCCCUGAUGCUUCCCAACCUAGGAAAAUUCUCGGCACCUCUGACACAGGGCAGCUCAGGGGGGCCCGGCACAAUUCCCCCAAUUCGGCACCUGAUGUCACUCACUCAGUGUCCAAAACCAAAAGUAAGAAAGGCCCAGAAAGAGCAUCUAGCAAGACUUCUCCACCUUGGAAUGAGCCACAGACCUCUCAUUCAUUACUCCCGAAGAAGAGCAAAUAUGAGUGUGACUCGGAUCUCUCUCCGCCACGAAAAAGACAGGCAAAAUCCCACUUUGGAGAUAAGCAGCCGCUUGAUUCUAAAGGUGACUGCCGGAAAGCCUCUGAUUCCGAUCUUUCUCCUCCACGGCGUAAACAUCCGAGGCCUCCGGAUUCUGAUUCAGAUCUGUCUCCUCCACGGAAUAGACCUCAGCACCGAAGCUCUGAUUCUGACCUCUCUCCACCAAGGAGGAAACGGGGGACCAGGUCUCCUGAUUCGGAUCUGUCUCCACCCAGGAGAAGUCAGCCUCCCGGAAAGCGGGCUGCACACAUGUAUUCUGGAGCUAAAACUGGGUUGGUGUUAACUAAUGUAGAGCAAGAACAGCAGGAGCUCAAGAAACAGGACCAAGAAACCCUGGCAUUUGAAGCUCAAUUCCAGUUUGCUGAAACCGUAUUUCGAGAUAAAUUUGGUCGUAAGAGGAAUUUGAAACUGGAACGUUUGGAGGAGAGGAGAAAAGCGGAGAAGGACAUGGAGAGAAAUGAGCAGUACGCACGAUGGGGAAAAGGGCUUGCCCAGGACCGGCAACAGCAGCAGAAUGUGGAGGAUGCAAUCAAGGAGAUGCAGAAGCCUCUGGCCCGCUAUAUUGACGAUGAAGAUCUGGAUCGGAUGCUGAGAGAACAAGAAAGAGAAGGAGACCCCAUGGCCAACUUCAUCAAAAAGAGUAAGGCCAAGGAGAGCAAGAAUAAGAAAGUGCGACCUCGCUACAAUGGCCCAGCACCUCCUCCCAACAGAUUCAAUAUCUGGCCUGGAUAUCGCUGGGAUGGAGUGGACAGAUCCAAUGGAUUUGAACAGAAGCGCUUUGCCAGGCUUGCCAGCAAGAAGGCAGUGGAAGAGCUUGCCUACAAGUGGAGCGUUGAGGAUAUGUGACUUUGUGGAGCUGUGCUGGUGGAUGUGGGCUGUGGUAGCGGGCAUAGGGCAGCCAGACCUCCAACAGGAACAGUCGCCCAUCCCAGUGAUCAAGGCCCACGCAGACCAGCAGCUGGCUAAAUGCCAGUUUUGAGAGCAGAUCUUUGGACGGAGGUACCUGACCUUUGCAGGUGUUCCAACACUGGCUGUGGUUGACUUUCACAGGAAACAUUGACUUCUGUGCCCCACCCUUGGUUCUUGGUUGGGGCUUUCUUUUUGUUCUUUUUAAAAAUAAACAUACAUUUAUUUUCAUAAGAAAAAUUUUCUUAACUGGGUGCUCUGUUUUAGAAAAGAAUACAAGCCAAUG